AUGACCCACAUUGAUGGAGAUCAACUGAUUUCAUCUACUGCACACAUCCAUAUGAAGCAAGCCAACCUUUCUAAGGGAUUACUUGCUGGUUUAACGAGCAAUUGUGCUUUUCCACCAUUCAUACCCUUCGUCUCUGGAUCCUUCACACCUCCUCCUCAUACGAUGCCUCAGACAAGCCAGUCAAAACAGGCAGCUGAGUCUUCACGCGCUCGUAGUCCCGAUUUUCAUCAGCUUUCGCCUCCUGAUAGCCAAGAAUAUCUGCAACAACCGCCAAUACAACAGCAUUUGGCAGCAGAUGCUUCACACUCGGUUUAUAAAUUGCCCUCUGCCUAUGCAAACUCAGAAGCUCCAUUUAAACAGACCACCAGGACGUUUCCUCAUCAGUUUCAUUUAUCCAGCAGCGUCGAAAAGGGAAGCCAGCUCAAAAUUGGUACAGAGAACGCUAGUAUGGUCACAAAAAUGAAGAAGGAAUGCAAGAAUAAAGAUAUUCACUGCUAUGCUAAGCAUCUUUCUGUUGGCCGUGGUAGGACGAAGUAUGAGGGCCAGAAUAGAUCGCGAAUGGGCGUCUUACUGAUGGAGAAGGAGAGUUGUCUACAUCGGAAAGACGCGAUGCAGCAACCACUACUGCCUUUGCAGCAAUUGGGCGAGCUGAAUUUGAGCCCUGAGACGUCGUGUUCACUAGCAUGUUCUCGACAAAGGCAUCCGAGGUUGGUCUUUGAAGAAGAAACCAGACAGAAUGAGCAUAUCAGGAGGAUCGAGAAAAGAGACACAGAACUGGGUAACAUGUAUUUCGAAGAGCCUGAGAUAUCGGUCAGCGUAGAAAAGGAGCAAAGUGCUUCAAGUUUAUUGGUUCAAGAGGGCUAUGAGGCACCAGUGGACUGCAGUUUCGACCCUCAGCGGGAGUCGAGUGGUUAG